GGCGGUUCACAUUUUCCCACGUUUUGUCUGCACGCUUUCUUUCCCGCUCUCAGUUGACCCAAAGAAGAACAAGGUCGAUGUGCGGAAGAGCGCGGUGCACUCUCCGGCCGGACGACUUCACUCGGGCAUGCCGUCUCGAUGCCCGCUCCGUCCGCCACCUGCAUAUGGACCAGUUUCGGCCGUCGUAUAACGUUGCGCCGGGGUUCAACGUUCCGGUGGUUCGGAGAGACGAAGAAGGAGGAGAUGGCAACGGCGUCGUUCUUCACUGCAUGAAAUGGGGGCUUGUUCCCAGCUUCACUAAGAAAUCUGAGAAGCCCGACCAUUUUAGAAUGUUUAAUGCUCGAUCUGAAUCAUUACGAGAGAAGGCUUCUUUCCGCCGACUACUUCCUAAGAAUAGAUGUUUGGUAUCUGUUGAAGGAUUUUAUGAAUGGAAAAAAGAUGGGUCUAGAAAGCAACCUUACUACAUACACUUUAAGGAUGGUCGUCCCAUGGUUUUUGCUGCACUAUUUGAUUGCUGGAAGAAUUCAGAAGGGGAAACUAUGUACACAUUCACAAUUAUCACAACUUCGUCAUCAUCAUCAUCUUUGGAAUGGCUCCAUGACAGGAUGCCUGUUGUCUUGGGCAACAAAGAAUCAAUAGACUACUGGCUGAAUGAUUCAUCCUCAUCCAAUCAUGACAAACUUUUAAAACCAUAUGAAGAUACAGAUUUGGCCUGGUACCCGGUGACAACAGCUAUGGGUAAGCUUUCUUUUGAUGGGCCAGAGUGCAUCAAGGAGGUACAAGUGCGAAAAGAAGAAACAAAAUCAAUAUCUCAAUUCUUCUCUCGGAAAGAAUCCUGCGCACCACAGCAGCCAAAGCAUGAAAUAACAACAAAGGACGAGCCUGUUGAAGCUAACGAACCAACAAGGAUCAAAGAGGAAGAUGAAGGCCAAUUUACUCUUGAGGACAUCGGAAUAAAGGAUGAACUUAUCGAAAACAUUAAUCAGGAUUCUGUGAAACAGGAAUGUGGGACACAAGAGGUUCAUGCUUCUCUAUCUCCCCAUAAAUCAGACAAACGCGGUCGUGGAGAAUUUUCUGGUGAUCAAGGGAAGCAACAUGGUAAUGAAACCGAAAAGCAUCGGGUUUCGAAAAGAAGCAAGGGUGCAAAUGAUAAACAGCCGACGCUAUUCUCGUACUUCGGUAGAAGGUAAUCGGAUAGCUUCUUCCCUUAUAUGAUUUUUGUUGUGUGGGCAUGAGCAUAUUUUAGAAUACAACGUUGCAUUUUGAAAAUGAAAGCAUCUAUGCCUCUUCUGUGGUAAUUAAUGUUUGUGUGCAUAAGCUAAGUUACUUAGUUCAGGUGUGUAAAACUUUUAAGAUUUUGAGCUGUAUUAUAUGUGUCACGUGGGAUUUUAUUUUGUUU